AUGGAAAAGAGAGGAGACAGACACGGAGAGGAGUGGGAGGAGGUAGCAGGAGGCACAGAUCCUGGGAGGGGAGAAGGCUGGAGGGGUAGGGCCAAGGAGACUCACAUCCCAGCCCUCCUCGCACACACACACACACACACACAGAGGCAUUUCCAGCCGCCGCGGCUGCUGCUAGCAAAGCAAACUCCCCCCGUUCCCUUCUUGCAAGAGAACUUCCUCGGUUCCCCUUGGAGAGGAGGGUUCAGACCCUGGGUCUCCCCGGCCCGAGCUUGUGCCAAAGCUCGCCCUGGGCUGAAUCCCUCGGCUCCUUUACCGACCAGCCUUGGGUUCAGGAUCCGUGGCUGGAGCAUCUGGACACGUCUCACUUCAGGGUAGGGGCUGAUGCCAGACACAACAACUCCUCCUGCAGCGGCUGCUUUGUUUUGGAGUUUAUUUUUGUAGCAGAUCGCCGUUCCUGCAACGUUUUUGUUUUUGUUUCAUUUCUACACACACACUCUCUCUCUCUCCUCCCCGGACUGCUAGAUGCGGCGGGGUUUCUCUUAACUUUGCAUCAGCGCCCCCCCGCUCCCCAAACAACAGAUCCGCUGGAUCAAAGGACGACCCCCCCCUGCAAGAGCCCUGCAUUUGCUUAUUAAUUGCAAAGGGGGCAGGGGGCGAGGCGGCCGGGACAGACGGACGGACGGUGGAGAAGCCGAGAUGCAACUGACCGGGGCUCCUCUCUGCCUCCUGCUGCUCAGCCAGCUCUUCCCUGGCAAGGUUUCAGCCGGCCAAGGCUGCAAGAGCGGACGCUUCACCUCCCUUGGGGACUGCUGUGCCCUCUGCCCCCAGGGCUACGGGGUGGCUGUCCCGUGCGGCAGCUCCAACACGCAGUGCGAGCCCUGCAGAGAGAAUGGGACGUUCUCCUCCACCAGCAGCGCCACGGAGCCGUGCCAGCCGUGCUCACGGUGCCCGGUGGCAGAGGCGUGCACCCCCACCCGCGACACUGUGUGCGCCCCCCAGUGUGCCCCCGGCCACUACCUGCACGUGGAGAACGGGAGCAGCAGCCAAUGCCUGCCUUGCCAAGUGUGCGGGCAGGGCUACGGGGCAGCGAUGCCGUGCGGGCCUACGGACAACACCAUCUGCCAAAGGUGCCUGGAGGGCUUUUACUCGGAGGAGAAGAGCGACUCGGCGCCGUGCCUGCCCUGCCGGCUGGAGUGCCACGAGGACGAGGUGAUGAUCCGGGCCUGCAGCCCCGUGUCGGACACGCUGUGCAUGGACAGAGAGCUGCAGAUCCUGAAGCGCACGGAGGGGGACCCCCGCAAGGAGCACCCCAAGAAGCCCCCGCUGUCUGAGUCAGAGGGCAGCGCCUCCCCCAGCAACUCCUCCGAGUUCCUCCCCCCGCUGCCAGACAACAGCAAGAACAUCAUCCCCGUCUACUGCUCUAUCCUGGCCGCGGUGGUGGUGGGGCUCCUGGCCUAUGUGGCUUUCAAAUGCUGGAACACCUGCAAGCAGAAGAAGCAGCUGGCCAAAGCCAGGGCUGGGGAGCUGGGGGCCUCCCCCGAGGGCGAGAAGCUGCACAGCGACAGCGGCGUCUUCCUCGACACGCACAGCCUGCAGGAGCAGCACCCGCUCAACAAGGCGCACAAGGCUGAGCCCCGGCUGUACAGCUCCCUGCCACCCCACAAGCAGGAGGAGGUGGAGCAGCUGCUGGAGAGCUCCAGCCACGGCAAGGACUGGCGCUGCCUGGCCAGCCAGCUGGGCUACGAGGAAGAAGCCAUCGACACCUUCGGCCGGGGCGAAGCCCCCGCCCACACCCUCCUCUCCGACUGGGCUGCCAAAGAGGGGGCCACGCUGGAGGCCCUGUGCGCAGCCCUGGCCGGCAUCGAGCGGCCCGACGUGGUGGAGAACUUGACCGGCCCAGCUGAGGCCAGCUCGGUGGUGUAAUGGCACGGGCAAGCCAGCAGGGGGAUGCGCACCCCGCGAGACCGGGACUCGCUAGGAGUUUUAAAUGGCAACAAAAAAAGAAAAGGGGGGAGGGGAACAAAUUUUGUUAAUUAUAAGGGAACUUUAAAAAAAAAAAAAAGCAACGAAACAAACAAAAAAGCCACAGAGCAGCGGCCUUUGGCAGGACCAGGUGCAGCACCAUGGUGUGACUGGCGCGUGAGCCCACCGUCUCCUACUGGCAGCGACCGGGCCUGCGGGCGCCAUGUGCCGUCCCUACCGGCGGCAACCGGGCCUGCAGGUGCCACACGCUGUCCCUACUGGCGGCGACCAGGCCUGCGGGUGCCACACGCUGUCCCCAAUAACGGCCAUCAGGCCUGCAGGUGCCACGUGCCGUCCCUACCGGUGGCGACCAGGCCUACGGGCGCCACGUGCCGUCCCUACUGGCGGCGACCGGGCCUGCGGGCGGCACACACUGUCCCUACCGGCGGUGACCAGGCCUGCGGGCGCCACGUGCCAUCCCUACUGGCGGCGACCGGGCCUGCGGGCGCCACACGCUGUCCUUACCGGCGGUGACCAGGCCUGCGGGCAUCACGUGCCGUCCCUACCAGCAGCGACCGGGCCUGCGGGUGCCACACGCUGUCCCUACCGGCAGCGACCGGGCCUGCGGGCGCCACACACUGUCCUUACCGGCGGUGACCAGGCCUGCGGGCAUCACGUGCCGUCCCUACCAGCAGCGACCGGGCCUGCGGGCGCCACACGCUGUCCCUACCGGCGGUGACCAGGCCUGCGGGCGCCAUGUGCCGUCCCUACCGGCGGUGACCGGGUCUGUGGGCGCCACACGCUGUCCCUACUGGCGGCGACCGGGCCUGCGGGUGCGACGAGACCUGGGAUUCUGGAGCUGAAGGCUCUGGGUCCUCACCCUGCUUGACCAUGGGCUUGGGAGAGAGCCAGCCCCUGAGGUGAGCGGGUGGCAGGGAGAGCGGCUGGCAUUGCUGGAGAGGGAGGAGCGUUUGGGGGGGGGCGGGUUCUCUGCCCCUUUGACUUCGUCCCCAUGCCCGCCCUGUCUGGGGAUCCCGGCUGACCACGUCGUGUGGGUUCCUUCCAUCACGUGGCCAUUGUACCCAUGGGGAUUAACCACGGGCUUUCCGCUUCCCUGUGCCCCCUCUGGAAGAGCCCUCAGCCCUACGGACCUGCCAGGGCCAAGCCAUUUGCCCUCCCCAGGUGGACUCCAGCCCCCCAGGCCAGGCCAGGGGGUGAAGGGACACAUCACCGGGCACGGGCGUAGGGCUCUGCUGUCUAACCCAUUCUAGCCCCCGCCCUCCUCUGUCACCCCUCCAGCCCAGGCCCUGCACCACCCCCAGUCAGCACCUCCCGCCACAACCAACUGCACCAUCCCCAAACCGUGUCUGCCCCCCCGCCCACACUACGCACAGAGAAACGCCUGUGCCAGGCAGGGACUGACCUGGGGCCCUUCAGGCUCCAAGGAACAGUCCCUGACUCAGCGUCUCCCGGACCGAACUGUGCUCUGGGGCU